CCUCUCCAAAAACCACCACUCCAGUCUUGCUGAGGCAGUGGAAGUGCACGGACGUCGAUCGUUCCUCUCCGGAAGGCGCGUGUUUAUUGACAUAUAUCCUUCCGCCGCAAACACACCCCCCCUAAUUCUAAGGACCCAUUACCUUGGAAUUUAUCAUUCCAGGGGCAGGCGAGUGCCCGGGGCAAUUCAUCAUUCCAUCUGGUGGUGGAAUAUGGACCGAGAGAUGAAGAACCUUGACGUCGUUGUGUCUGAAUUAGUUUAAUUCAGAUUCGCCCAGGAUAUAGAUAUGGACGUCUAGAGAUAUUACUGAAUGAAGAGACAAUUGAAAUAACUAAUAUCAAAAUUUCAGUUCCCUAAUGACUCGCGUGAUUCCAUAAUUGGACAGAAAAAUCGGAAAUAUAUAUAGAAAAUUCUGUUGAACCUAAACUACGUAGGCAGCCAUGAAUAACAAGAAGAUACAGUGAUCCACAAAGAAAAUAAAGGAUGAAAUCAUAAGAGUAUAUGAAUGACCAUAUAAAUAAAAACAGGAUCAAAUAAACCGCGAUAAAAAUAAAAAUAAAAUAACAAAGUUAUCGAUGAAAUCGCAGAGUAUAUGAAUGACCAUGGACUCUUAAUUAACUGCCAUAAAUAACAAGAAGAUACAGUAAUAAGCAAAAAUAAAAAAUAAAAAAAUAAACAGCAAUAAAAAUAAAGACUUUAACGAUGAAAUCACAGAGUAUAUAAAUGACCAUGGACUCUUCAAACUACCCUAAAUAACAAGAAGAAGAAGAAAAAAAGAUCAAAUAAACAUCGAUAAAAAAAAUAAAUAACCAAAGCCACUCAUCGAACUGCAUAUGGUAGCUUGAUCCGCCUCCAUCACUCAUAGCGUCGGUUCUGGAGAUCCCGCGUAGCCAAGGAUGGGGAAGGAGGAGGUGCGGGGGAGGGGUGGGGGGGACUCGGCCAAGGACAAUGAAGUCCGCGUCGUGAGGAUGAGGCGCUGGUGCUGCGCGGUGAGAAGAUGCGCACACCGUCUCCUCUUGAUCGUAGUCAUCGUGAGCGUUCUCUUCGUGUCCCUGCCCCUGCUGGGGGGGAGAUCGGGAGAUGGAGGGGAAGAGGAGGACGGCGACGGAGCGCCGCCAGAGGGGGGCGCCUGGCCCCCCCAGCCCCUCUUCCACGACAACUUCCUGGUGGAGAACGAAGACGAAGUCGAAGACGAUGGAGUCGCCGCCGGGCAGGAGAUGACUGAGGGAGGAGCCGCGGGAGAAAGGCCGUAUCCGUAUGGCAGAGCGCUGGUGGUCUCCUGGUCUGGUCCUCAGUCACUGCUCGAGCGAUUACUCCCGGGGGACCCUCCCCCGAGGAGUACGGUCACGUUCAACAUGUCUUAUCCCCCAUCGCCUUCGCUUAACUGUAUCUCGACAAAAUUCGAGCCAUCUUUCACCAUCUGCCCGCAUUCGGCCGAGGAUGACAAGUACAUAUCAGGGCAGCUCCUCUCUGAAGGGAGCUGGGAGCUCUACAUCGUCAAGCUCUUUACUUUGGCUAUGAAAUAUUAUCCCUCUAGCACGGUGAUAGACCUGGGCGCUCACGUGGGCGUGUACAGUCUCUUGGCGGCCACCGUGGGCGUACCGGCCGUGGCCGUAGAGCCCGUGUGGGCGUCCGCCGUCAGGCUUCACGCAGCGGCGGUGUCCGGAGGACUGGCCGGAAAAGUCACGCUCCUUUUGCACGCUGCCGCCCACGAGAGGUUCUAUGCUAAGUUGCGGUACCGCCCAGGGAACCUCGGUGGAACCUCGGUGGAGCAGGUCACGGCUCAGAUAUCCGAGAAGAUCCGGAAAACGAAACCCCGCGAUGCUGUGACCACGGUGACCUUGAAUGACCUCUCGCAAUACGUCAACACUUCGACUGUUAUCCUCAAGAUUGACAUUGAGGGUUGGGAAUGCCGAGCUCUGCUAGGUGGCACCCGCUUCCUGAGCAGUCAUUUCGCCCCUUACAUAUUCAUGGAGUGGUCAGUCGUUGCCAAUAACCGCCACAAGUACCACGCCCCCUGCCGUCUGCAACACCUCCAGCAAAUGGUUCAGUGGCUGACGAGCAGAGGCUACCACGCUUACAUCUCCAAGACUGGCAUGGAGCUGAACUCGGCCAAGCUGGAGAACUGGAGGGCCGGGGAUAUCUACUGGAGGCACCGGACUGCGCCAAGGCUGCAUCACCCGUAGAGAACUGGAAGGUUUGGAAUGGAAUGUGUGCUGGAGGAGGCUCUUGAAUUGGCCAAGUCGUAUCACCCGCAGAAGAGGGUCUGGCGGGAGCUGGAAAGUUGGAGAUGACCACUGGAUGAGGCACUUGACUUGGCCAAGUUGUAUCACCUGCAGGAGAGGUUUGACCAGAACUGGAAGGCUGGAGAUAUCCACCUUAGCAGGCUCUUUCAAUGGCCAAGUUGUAUCACCCGCAUAAGAGGUUUGACGAAAACUGGAAGGCCAGGGAUAUCAACUGGAAGACAGCACUUGAAAUGGCCAAGUUGCAUCGCCCAUCAAGCGGCUGUGACGAAAACUGGAAGGCUAGGGAUAGCCACUGGAAGGCGCAUUUAAAAUGGCUAAGUUGUAUCAGGAAAUGGCUAAGUUGUAUCAUCCAUAAAAGUGGUUUUUGACGAGAACUGGAUGGCCGAGGAUAUCCUUUAGAGGAGACUGGGCCAAGGAAUUUCAUAUUCUGAAGAGCUGCGAUUUUAGGAUUAUGAAAAACAUAUGAACUCGGUGUUGUGAACAGCUGAUGAUGAAACAUUGUAACUUUGGUGUUUUGAAAAAUUGGGACUUUUUAUGAGCAGUAGGUUGUGAAAAACGUGACCUUGGUGUCACGGUAAGGUGCAAUUUUCACAAUAUAAAAGAA